CUUUAGGCUUAAAAGGGAAAUAUACAUAAUGUUAGCAUAUCAUCGAGCCUCACAGCGACUAAUUCAGUCAUUAAGUAAUCUUCAUCAAAAAUUUUAUUUUUCAACUACUGCCAGCAUUAAUUCAAUUCCAAAGAAGAAUAAGUUACCUCCAAGACCAAAAUGGUUAAUUAAAGAAGAAGAGAUAGAUGAAAAAUUUAUUAAAGGUGGACGAGGACCAGGAGGUCAAAAGAUUAAUAAAUCAAAUAGUAAAGUUCAAUUAACCCAUCUUCCCACGGGGAUUGUAGUUACAUGUCAAUAUUCUCGAUCUCAAGAACUGAAUAGGAAACGAGCAAGAGAAAUUUUAGCAUUACGAUUAGAUGAACAACAAAAUGGUGAGAAAAGUCGUACAUCCAUUGUAAAUGAAAGGAAAACUAAAUUGAAACAAAGUAAAACAAAGAAAGCCAAUAGAAAGUAUAGAAAUUUACAAGAAGAAAAGAAUAAUCAACUUGUAGAAAAUGAAAAUUCAGAUCAAUCUGAAUUAUCACCAGAAGAAGAGUUUGAGUUAUUUUUGAAACAGUACAGUAAAGAAAAAGAGAUAGAAGUAGAGAAAGAUGAAAGUAACGAUAACAAUAACAAUAAUGAUAAUGAUAAAUAAUCAUGAAUUUGUAAAUAGUUCUUAUAGGUUCUUAUAGUGAUGUAUAUAUAAUGACAGCAUAGUCUCCUUAAAUUCUUUUUUGCGU